GGUUGAGUCGAGUUGAAUCUCGUUAGUGACCAAAAUCCCCCGAAUAGAAUCGUUAAUAGAUGUGAGAAUGGGCUGUACACAGAGUGUGAAGGAGGAUUCAGAUUACACUUAUGAUUCCACAUGGGAGUCUGACGAUAAUAACGCUGAAGGAACACAGACCAGCUCCAAACAGGUUUUGGAAUCAGAUGUACGACAAGAUCGUAGCAGAUGUCCAACUAUUAAGAAGAAGAAUUUACAAUGCAAGAGCAAUUCAUGUUUUCCAUACAAAGGAAAGCCUAAACGAAAGCAUCAGUCAAGUGAGCUGCAGACAUGGAGAGCUUACAGAAAUGUACAAGCUGCAAAAGACAUGCAAACCUACAGGCACAAGUGUCGGGCAGUAUUACAGCGAGUUAAGAGGGACAAUGACUAUAAACUGGGCCAUACGCAAUUACAGAAAAGGGUAAGAACACCUUCAGCGCUUACCAGUGCUUUGUGGUGUGGAAGCAUCAAACAAAUAUGGAAUUCCAGAGGUCCAGAAACAUCUCUGAAAAGCACAGAGAGAGAACGAGUACAUAAAAGGCGAUACACUGAAACGUCAUGUGAUGAUGACGAUUUGCCUAAUCUCCAGUUUUAUCGAAACAAAAAAAAAUCCAUCCCUGAUGGUGUUAAAAUCGAUGACAUUCACAACCACUGGGCUCGUGAUUACCAGAAGCUUGAAAGCGUGCACUCAUACAUUCAGUGGCUGUUUCCACUUCAAGAGCAAGGGGUGAAUCCUUAUGCAACUGCUCUUACUGAGAAAGAAAUCAAGCUGUUCCAUGAGGACGAGGAGGUAAAGAAAAGAUUGUUGAAGUCUUACAACCUCAUGCUGGAUUUCUACGGCAUUAAACUGCUCAAUCAGGAAACUGGAGAAGUGGAUCGUAGAAGAAACUGGAGAGAGCGAUUUGAGAACCUAAACAGGAACACACACAACAAUCUCCGCAUCACCCGCAUCCUGAAGUGUCUGGGCAUACUGGGUCUAAGUCAGUAUCAGGCACCGCUGGUUAAAUUUUUCCUCCAGGAGACUCUGUUGAAUAAGACACUUCCCAGAGUAAAGUGGAGCGUUCUAGACUACUUUAUUUUUGCUGUUCUGGAUGAGAACAAGAGAAAUGAGCUAAUAAGAUUUGCUUUUCAACAUUAUGAGCCUAAAGAACAGUUUAUGUGGUGUCCUGAUAAUAGCAAAAUAUUUAAGAAGAAAAAGAGCAACCCUAAAAACGAGAAUGAGAAAACAACACAGCAACCUGAAGAUUUGAAGAACAAUAAUGAACAACAUGAGGGUACGAUUAGCACACCUGGAUUAUGCUUAGACACAGGGAGUGAGGAUCAGGAUGCUAAAAAUCAAGAGGACAAAAGUCAAAGUGAUUCAAAAGAAGAUGCUAAAGACCAGAAAAGUGGUAGCAAAGAAGAAGAAAAAAAUGAGAUAGAGAAUAGUGUGCGAAGUGAAAAUAAUGAAAAUAGUGAUGGUUCUGUAACUGAAAACCAAACUAUGGAUACCAGCACUGACACAAACACUAACAAAUAUCUAGACAAAAAGGAUGAAAUUCCUAAGGAUAGCAAUAAGGCAUCUGAAUUAGACACAAAUAAAGAGAGUGAUUCACAACUUUCUGAAGACCAGAAAAGUGGUAGUAAAGCCAGAGAUGAAAAUGUGACUACUGAAGCUCUCACACUUCACUGUACCAAAGCUGAAAAGCACCAAGUGCGAAGUGAUAACACUACUGAUGGCUCUACAUGUGAAAGUCCAACUAAGGAUACUGACACUGGCACAAACUCAAACAAAGCCAUGAAAAAUGCAAACGUUAAAAUACAAGAUAACGAUAAAGCAGAGGACAACGUGACUGCUAAUGCUAGUACAAAUGCAGCACAAGAACAUGAUUCUGUACAUCGGACCAAGUCAACUAAACAGGCUGAGGUCCUGAGUAAUACAACUAGUGAUGACCCAACAUCUGAAAACUAGAUCAAACCAAAAUCAAGGAAAAUCAGCUAAAUAAUAAUCUGACCAAUAAAACGUUUAGUUCAGGUUCAGAGACAAAAAACGAGAACAAAAGUCAUGAGCACCAAGAUCACACGAAUCAAGAUGAUAAAUAAAGCAACCAAAAACAUUAAGAAUACUGACACUGGUCCUAAACAACGUUGUGAAGAAAAUCAAACAAUGCUUAUAUGUUAACCAAACCUGCUAAAAGUGUUCAGAUUGUGUGAUAGUCAUUUAUUACAGCGUGCUGAAGAUUUACUGAAUUUAAUAAAUAAGAAUAUAUUUUACAAAGGUAGAUGUAAAAGACAAAAACACAAUAAGUGUCAACAUGAAAAAAAUCAGGGACACCACAACUAAUAUGACUAAACCUGUUGUGUUUAUUACAAACAGUGUAAUAAUUGGACAGCAAUGUUGAUCUACUCGGGUCUCUGAGAGUAAAAGGUAAAACUCAGGGAUAAAUUGACAGGGUUUCAUUGACAAAUACUGUCAUGUUUAGGUUGAUAUUUAAAACUGAGUAUUAAAUAUCAAUAAGAUUUUUGGAAGUGUAUUAUUUGUAGCUCAUAUUAUCUAAGGUGCUCAGUUUGAUUAUCUAUUGAAAUCAUUUUUUCUAUUUUCUAUUGCUGCCCUAAAAUUCAUUUUAAAAUGAUUAUAUUACCAUUGUUAAUGAAAUAUUGCAUUAUGAAUA